AGGAUCGCCAGAGAAAUUCAGUUGGGAGUCGUCGCCAGGUUCUUGACUGCGACGCUGUGUGCAUGUGCAUGUGUGCGAGUGAAAGCGAGUGAGAGGGAGGAGAGGUGGUUCGUGGUUCCGUUGCGUGUGAGCCACGAGCAAGCCGUAGCCAGGCCAGGCCAGUCGCAGCCUCUACGCCGCGUGCUGUGUUUGCUUGUGACUCUCUUCGUCGGUGUUGAUAAACGGGGACGAGAGAUAGUGAUUGUAGACCGUCGCCUGGGUGCUGGGGUCACGGAGCCCGAGUUGUCCGGGAACGGGAAGGUGAAAGGAGUGGCACCUCCUCCUGUGGAUAGACAAAUCACGGUCCUGGCCUCCACUUCUACCGGAGAUUCGGAACACGAACCCGGAACAUCGUCGCAAGACUCUGGUGUCAGCGUGUCCUUUCACGCCGAAGACGAGAAGGAGAGGGAAAAUCCAGACCUCAGGUUGAGGCUGUUGAGAGCUCCGCACGUCAACAUGGAAGGGGAACAGAGAUCCGCCAGGGAAUACUGCAAAUACGGAGAACUAGUCAUAUUGGGGUACAAUGGAAGCUUGUCUCAAGGCGACAAGGGGAGGAGAAGAAGCAAGUUCAUCUUGUUGAAGAAGGCCAUUCCGAACGGGGUGAAAAAGUCUCAUGGUUAUGUGGUAAAUAUGGGCGAAAACCCUCAGGCGGUGGUAAACAAGGAACAGCACUCCAUCUCGUACACGAUGUCUCGGAAUCAGACUGUUGUCGUGGAAUACAUGCAUGAUAGCAAGACCGACAUGUUCCAGAUUGGGAGGAGUUCGGAGAGCGGGAUAGACUUCGUGGUGAUGGACACGAUCCCGGGAGACAGGAGGAGGGAGAUCCGGAUGACGCCGUCGCAGAGCACCAUCUCCCGGUUCGCCUGCCGCUUCAUCGUCCCACGCGACGAUGAGUUCCACGUCCCGCGCCUCUUCGCGGCGGGGUUCGACUCUUCCAACAACAUCUUCCUUGGGUCUUCUCUUCUCGUCUCGCAGGAAAAGGCGACGAAAUGGCAGAAAGAGGACGAGACGGAUGGUUUGACGACGAAUGGAGUCCUCAUUUAUCAUCCAGUGGGAUCGUUCCUGGGUGGAGACGCCGUGCCGGGCAUGUGGGCCGAGGUCUCCGUCGGCGGUGGCGUCUAUGGACUUCGCGAGUCCCGAUCCUCCUCCAGAAUGGGCUGCAAAAGAGAAGAGGUGACGAAUGAGUUGAGAGAUGGGAGCAUGAUCGACCUCUGUGGUGCUACGUUGUUGUGGAGGUCUGCUGAAGGACUCAAGAGAUCACCUACAAAGCAGGACCUAGAGAGUCUGGUAGACAAGGUGAAUGCAGGCCGGCCGCAAUGCCCCGUCGGGUUGACAACCUUGGUCCUACCGAGGAGAAGCACGGCGUCGAGCAACAAGGACCAACAGCCCUACGUCUACCUGAACUGCGGACAUGUCCAAGGUCAUCACGAAUGGCGGGCUGGGAAACAUUCUCAAGAGCGCACCUGUCCCAUGUGCUUUGAGGUUGGACCAAUAGCAAAGUUGGAGAUGGGAUUGGAACCUGCAUUCUAUGUUGAUUGCCGCCCACCCACGUAUGCCUUCAACCCAUGUGGACACAUGGCAUCGGAAAAAACCAUCAAAUACUGGGAGAAAGUGCCAAUUCCCCAUGGAACUAAUGGUUUCCAUGCAAUGUGCCCAUUCUGUGCCACACCCUUGGAAGGAAGUCCGGGUUAUGUGAAGCUCAUCUUCCAAGACAAUCUGGACUGAAAAGUUUUUAGCCUGACCCAAAAAGUGUCAUAAUUUGGAUUUGGCAUUGUGAUACAUGAUGAACAGGAGCACAUGGACUUGUGUGAUUGGCCUCUUCCAGAUAGGGAAAGAGAUGGAGCAAAACGUUGUCAGCUUAGUAUUUGGUUGAUGCAAGUUCAUGAUCUCAGUGAUCUUUCACUUGGUCUGGGAGCCAUGUUCUCUCCAGAGCAAUUCCUCCUCAAGAAUAAACUUUGGGCCAUUAUUUAUGCUCAUAUUUAUACAAUUUGUACAGGUUACAAUUCUCUCAUAAUGACUGUAUUUGCACUGCUGGAAAGACGAUGCUUCAUGGGGUUUUUCAAGUCUUACAAUGUAAGAUCACUUCAAUGUGGAAGAAUAGAACCUCACAGGUUUUGCUCUGGCAGAGACAUGGCCAAUGGAAAUGGAUGAUUUUGAUGGCCUAUCUGGACAUUGUCUUUCAUCUGUGCUUGAGAAUACUUGUUUUCUUGAAAUGCUUUCCAGAAGCAUUGUGGUGGAGCUGGCUGAUGAUGAUGCUUUUUUCUUCAAGUUCAGAAAGUAUGUUCAUUUUACAUCUAAAUGGAAACUUUUCAUUGAUUGCCUACUGGACAUAUCACUUUCACUUAUAGCUUGUGAUCUCAAAUGCCUCUGUCACACCAAUGAAUUUCAUGGUAAUUCCAAACCAGAUUUUAUGAAAACUCAAAAGUACUUAGAGUACUUUCUGUCCAAGAGCCAUGGGUGUUAUGGAGAUAGAGGAAUCCAAACAAGGUACCCAAGCACAGUAAUCUUGAAAAAUUUUCAAAGACAUAAGUUGAAAGAAAGUCUUGCUAGCUGUCAGGGCGAUGAUGAUGCGGUAUGAAUGUGUAAAGCCAUCGAUUAAUUGAGCUCAUCCUCCUGGUGCUUGCAAACUGGUGAUGUAUGGGCCCAUCAACAUCGGUACAAAAAUGUCAAGUGUGCUGUGUCUGACUAUUUGCUUCAUAUGAAUUUUUGUCAUUUUGAAAUUGUUUCGAGUUUUGAAGGGAACGAUACAGUUUUGGUGCAGAAGACACCUGUUCCUAAGGCCAAGUCUCCUCCUGUCACAAUUGGGGUGGCUAAUGUGCCCAGAGGUGAGUGAACUCUUGUGCAGAGUUUCAUUAUUUUCAUGUCGAUAUUCCGACUAUUGAACUGUAGUCAUUUGAUCGUCCUUGUAUGCUGUCUUGUUGUAUUUCAUUGAAAGGGAAAAUAAAGUUUGUAGGGUGAGUGGA